AUGUCUCGUUACGCAGAAGCCCACAAGCACGCCAACCUUCGUGGUGCUGGUGAUGCACGGCCUACGGCCCUUCAAGUCAUUGAAGACGAAGGCUUGGCCGGAAAGCUCAGCGACAAAGUUUUCCUCAUCACCGGAGUCUCCUCAGGCAUUGGAAUCGAGACACUGCGCGCUCUUCACACCACUGGUGCCCACGUCUACGGCACCGUCCGUGACACUGCCAAGGGUCAAAAGGUUGUCGACACCAUUCUCUCCGAGAACCACCCUUCCGGCGGCAAGAUAAGCCUCAUCGAGAUGUCGCUCGACAGCCUUGCCAGCAUUCGUCAAGGCGCUGCAGACUUCCUCGCCAAAUCCAACAACACACUGCACCUCCUAGUCAACAACGCCGGCAUCAUGGCCGUCCCCUUCAGCAAAACAACUGACGGCUUCGAGUCGCAGUUCGGCACAAACCACCUCGCCCACUUCCUCCUCUUCCAGCUCGUCAAGCCCGCCCUCCUCGCCUCUGCAACACCAACCUACCCCUCGCGCGUCGUCAGCGUAACCUCAACCGGUCACGGCCUUGGCCCUCCCCCCUUCGACGACUACAACUUCGAAACCACCCCGUACGACCCCUGGCGCGCCUACGGCGUCUCCAAAACCGCCAACAUCUGGCUCGCUAACAGCAUCGAAUCCCACUACGGUGCCCAGAACCUGCACGCGACUUCCGUGCACCCAGGCCUCAUCCUGACGUCCAACCUGGGCACGCAUCUGCCCCCCGACCAGAUGGCCAUGUUCCAAGACCCGGAGGUGGUGCGCACAGCCAAGACCCCGGAGCAGGGCGCGGCGACGCAGGUCUGGGCUGCUGUGAGCAGCGAGUGGAGCGCAAAGGGCGGCAGGUAUCUGAGUGGUGUGGCGGAGGCGCCGAGCACGGAGGAGAAGGGCAAGGAGGAGGGCAUGUCGUACUUUGGCAACGAUGGGUAUCACGCGUGGGCGUACGAUGUCGAGGGCGCGGCGAAGCUGUGGAGUGAUAGCUUCAAGCUUGUCGGAUUGGCCGAGGAGUGA